AUGGCUUCAUCGUUGAUCCUUCACAUAGCCAAGUGGAUUUUUAAGCAUUAUCCAGAAACUGCACUGCAUGCUCAGACGCAAGACCUAGCGCUUAGGACCAAAGAAAUGAACGUUCUCCUUGAUAUCUUCAAGACACUUUCCUACAAGAAGUCGUGUGAUGUAUCUGAUGCUCAAAUACGCUAUGUUUCAGAUAAUUUGUCUUAUUUGAAACGCGCAGGGUUUAAGGUGGAAUGGUUGAGGGCAAAGUUUGAUGAUGUUUCUUUGAAUGCUUGUGAAGCAAGGAUUGUAAAGCUCAAGGAACACGAGCACAUGGUUUCCUAUCUCAAAGCUAAGUUGAAAUACGAUGAGGCCAAGUUGAAGAAUCUAUAG